GUGUCUUCAAAUCCAUCCACCACCAGACAAAUAUUAUCUUUUUUCCAAAAUAAAAAUAAAAUUAUUCUCUCUUCCAACACCAACUCAACCAAGCUUGUGUCUACCACACCACAGGAAGAAGAAACCAUGUCAUCUAUGAUUGCAGGUACCUCAUCUUCAUGUUCUGCCACCUUCGCCACAAUCAAAAACUCUCAUCUCACACCUUCCAAGGCACUCACUCCUCCAUGCUUGAAAUCUUCUUUGCUAGGACUCUCACUUCAUGAAGCCAAAAGAGGUGUUUCAGGAUCUUUCUUAAGUGAGAACAGAAAUGGCUCUUCCUCCAUUGCUAGAAGGAGACUUGAGAUAACUGCAAAAACUGCUGGAGCUUCUAAAACUAUUGAGGCUGAAGUUGAUAAGCCACUUGGUCUCACUUUAGGCCAAAAGAAUGGUGGUGGUGUUGUCAUAACUGCUGUCGAGGGUGGGGGGAAUGCAGCAAGAGCAGGGUUAAAGUCAGGGGAUCAAGUUCUUUAUACCAGCAGUUUCUUUGGAGAUGAAUUAUGGCCAGCAGAUAAGCUUGGAUUCACUAAAACUGCAAUCCAAGCUAAGCCUGAUUCUGUCUACUUUGUUGUCAGCAGAGGUGGUGCUGAUGUAGAUGUUAAAAGGCUUCCGAAGCGUCCUGCUCCUCCUCGCUUCGGGAGAAAAUUGACAGAAUCUCAAAAGGCUAGAGCUACUCACAUUUGCCUUGACUGUGGAUACAUAUACUUCUUACCAAAAUCCUUUGAUGACCAGCCGGACGCAUAUAGUUGUCCACAAUGUCAAGCACCGAAAAAGAGGUUUGCUCCAUAUGAUGUUAACACUGGAAGAGCUAUUGGUGGUGGAGGGUUGCCUCCAAUUGGAGUUAUUAUUGGACUUGUGGCUGGUUUAGGUGGUGUUGGAGCUUUGCUUGUUUUUGGUCUUCAGUGAUAAUAUUAUUAUACAUUUUAGUGAAAACUGAAGUUUGUACUUACAAACUCAUUUAUUGUAUAUGUGCUGAGUUGAAGAUUUAUGUAUGAGAUUGAGCAUGUUCUGCAAAAUGAAUUUCAAACUAGUAGCAAUUUGUAGAGCUAAAUGUGAUGAUUAUUUAUUUGAUAA